AUGGCUGAUGCCCAGAACAUUUCGCUGGACAGCCCAGGGAGUGUGGGGGCUGUGGCAGUGCCUGUGGUCUUUGCCCUAAUCUUCCUGCUGGGCACAGUGGGCAAUGGGCUGGUGCUGGCGGUGCUGCUGCAGCCCGGCCCCAGUGCCUGGCAGGAGCCGGGUAGCACCACAGAUCUGUUCAUCCUCAACCUGGCCGUGGCCGACCUCUGCUUCAUCCUGUGCUGCGUGCCCUUCCAGGCCGCCAUCUACACCCUGGACGCCUGGCUCUUUGGGGCCCUCGUCUGCAAGGCUGUGCACCUGCUCAUCUACCUCACCAUGUACGCCAGCAGCUUCACGCUGGCUGCCGUCUCGGUGGACAGGUACCUGGCCGUGCGGCACCCGCUGCGCUCCCGGGCCCUGCGCACGCCGCGUAAUGCCCGCGCCGCCGUGGGCCUCGUGUGGCUGCUGGCGGCGCUGUUCUCGGCGCCCUACCUCAGCUACUACGGCACGGUGCGCUACGGCGCGCUGGAGCUCUGCGUGCCCGCCUGGGAGGACGCGCGCCGCCGCGCCCUCGACGUGGCCACCUUCGCCGCCGGCUACCUGCUGCCUGUGGCCGUGGUGAGCCUGGCCUACGGGCGCACGCUGCGCUUCCUGUGGGCCGCCGUGGGCCCCGCGGGCGCGGCGGCGGCCGAGGCGCGGCGACGGGCCACGGGCCGCGCGGGGCGCGCCAUGCUGGCGGUGGCCGCGCUCUACGCCCUCUGCUGGGGCCCGCACCACGCGCUCAUCCUCUGCUUUUGGUACGGCCGCUUCGCCUUCAGCCCGGCCACCUACGCCUGCCGCCUGGCCUCGCACUGCCUGGCCUACGCCAACUCCUGCCUCAACCCGCUCGUCUACGCGCUCGCCUCGCGCCACUUCCGCGCGCGCUUUCGCCGCCUGUGGCCUUGCGGCCGCCGCCGCCGCCACCGCACCCGCUGCCCCCCGGGCGCCCGCCGCGCCCUCAGGCGCGUCCACCCCGCCUCCUCGGGCCCCGGCGGCUGCACCCCCGUGGACGCCCGGCCUCGUGGGAGGCUGCUGGCCGGCAGCGGUUGGGCUGGGGAGCCCAGGGAGGGGCCCGCCCACGGCGGAGAGGCUGGAUGA